UUUUAUUUGUUAGUGAGAAGUGCUUGAAUUCGGAGUGUUCGUAAGCGUUCAACGGCAAAACACCAGACAUACAUUUUGAAAGAGGAGUGAAAUGAAGCAAUAAUAGAAAUAUGAAUAAUUACAAGUUUAACUACUUCGUGGUUGUGGUGACAAAAUGGAAAUAAACACGAGAAAAACCCGAAGCAGCAGUGUAAUGGAUAACAAUUCAAACGUUUGUAUUUAAACUCAUCACUGCUUGAUGACAAGAAUAACGAAUAACUAAAUAAAAAUACUUAUUAGCAUCCGCGGUGUAUUUCGUAUUUUGUUGCAAAAAACGGAGAAACCGAAGGAAAAAAGUAAAAACCAAAAAGUGAUAAUAAAGUGAGUGACAAAAGUGAAUGUGUACAACGAACCAAAUACGAAUGGAAAUAAAAAAGAACAUCUAGAUAUGUUUCUUAAUAAGUGCAGAACGGCAAAGUAGUUCGUGUUAAUUCCGUUUCUGUCCAGCUCAAUCCAUAGAGAUUGGUUAGAGAGAGAACCCUUGUCGGGCGGCGGGCGGACAUCUGAAUAACCAGUGUGCGGGUCAGAGCUUUAAAAAGUUAAAGCUUGAACAAACAACCGACAUUUAAGAAAUGUAUAAACAAAGCUUGUUAAUAAAUUUUGUGAUUUCGUUCGUGUACAGCACAAAGUUCUCGAAACCAGUCAGACAAGUCGAGCCGAAAAGACAAAACUGAAAAAAGAGUCAGCACAAAGCGAAACAAAAUUUCUGUCUGUACCACAACCCAUUUCUGCCAACAGUAACAGCAUUUGGCAACAACAAAACACAGUCACAACAAUACAGGUACUGAGCUCAGUGUUUGAAGGCGAGACAACAACAUAUCUGCUCGCCCCUCCACAUCGGGCUCUAGGAAUUGCAGCAAAUGUUCAUUUAGUCGCCCACUAGAGGAGAAACGGCAUUCAUUUAUGCCUCCUUCCCACCCCCAUCUGUUAGCUGUUAUCGUUCACCCCACAAAUGCAAGUCGCCAAUUUUUCUUUGGUUUUUUGAAGUCUCCACAUUUCCACAAAUAACUUGCCCGUCUUACGUGCGGCGGACCGACCCUAAACCUUAUCCCAAGAAAGUUGCCAUACUCCACCACCAAACCAAGAAUCGUCGGCAUUUAAGUCAAAAGUGGCAUUUUACACUGAGGGCGCUGAACGUCGUUGGGUACGACAAGCCGUCAUGGGGGUAUUAAGAUGGCGCGAUCCCGGAUCGCGUAUUUCAGUCGGUGGAAACAACCACAAUACCAACAAUACCAAUCAUGCAAACGCCAGCAAUAACAAUAAUAGCCGAGUUGAGACACAUCACCGCGCCUCCAAUGACGAUCGUGUGCCCCAUCUUCAUACGUCUCAUGAAAUCAGUGGCAACAACGUGGCAAUGCAUUUAUCACAGGGCACCCAUCAUAGCCUGCAACAUUCGAGUUCACGCACAACCAUGAGACAUUCCAUUUCGGCCACGUCAAGCAGCACUCCGGCCUCACCACAAUUGAGUGGUAUUAUAACGGCGUCUGGAGGGCAGCUGCUUUCUAAUGGCCAUCACUACCAGUCACAGUCGUCGUCACAAUCAUCGAUAAUCUCCACCAUUCCGGCAUCUCAGAGAUUGCUCGAAGAGGUUCUUUCUAAGGGCUCCCCAUUCCCUAUGAUUGUGUUGCCACCUAGUGGUUAUUGGGUGGAUGGUACGGAGCACGAGUGCACAUAUGACGCUCGCGGUCAACCAAUGUUGCCGCAAACCACAUGGAUGGCUAAAUUCGAAACAGACGAUACAGCUAAAUGCUAUAGACGCUUUUAUGCCGGACGGGAACACUCGAACCUGGUCGGCCACGACGAGAUUUUAGGACCAGUGCUUAUUUCGAUCAAAAGUGAAAACGUUGCUAAUCAGGAGCACAUUCGAAUACUUUUGCGUCUAAAGACGGGCACCAUGCAUGAACUGAUCCCCGUUUCAUGCAUGGGUCCCAAUCCCAGCCCGAAUAAAAUGGUUCGUCUAUUGAAUGACCAAAUAAACGUCGACUGUUUUAUGCCUGUACUGUGUCCUAAGGCAUCACAGUUGAUUGGUGUCUAUGAUGAACAUGUGUUAGUCUCUAAUUUUAAAUUCGGCGUUCUAUACCAAAGAUAUGGCCAGACGACUGAGGAGGAACUUUUCUGCAACAACAAAUCCUCACCUGCAUUUGAGGAGUUUCUCGAUGUGCUGGGUCAACGUAUCCGCCUGAAGGAUCACAAGGGCUAUCGCGGUGGUCUGGAUAUACAAAAUGGGCACACAGGCGACACUGCCAUCUACGAAGUAUUUAAAGAGCGUGAAGUCAUAUUUCAUGUAUCUACCAUGCUGCCGCAUACAGAGGGUGACCCACAGCAGUUGCAACGCAAACGCCACAUUGGAAACGACAUUGUUGCAAUUGUAUUUCAAGAAUCGAAUACACCCUUCUCCCCAGAUAUGAUAGCCAGCCAUUUUUUGCAUGCCUUCAUUGUAAUCCAACCCCUGGAGCCGAAUACAGCAAAUACGCGUUACAAAGUAAGCGUGACGGCACGUGACGAUGUACCCUUCUUCGGUCCGACUUUACCCAAUCCCGCCGUGUUCCGCAAGGGCCAGGAAUUCAAAGAGUUCAUCUUAACCAAACUAAUAAAUGCCGAAAAUGCUUGCUACAAGGCGGAAAAAUUUGCCAAACUUGAGCUGCGGACUCGAACGUCUCUUUUGCAAAAUCUUGUUGAUGAGCUGAAGGAAAAGACCAGAGAAUUUUUGGGUGCAGAUCUCAGCGGCACAGCUGCUGUAAGUCCUACGCCAGAAACGCCAAAGUCCGACAACACUACGACGGGAUCUCGUUUAUUUGAUACGGUCAAAAAAGCAUUGAUAUCUCGCGUUCGAUCACAAAGCGUCGAUACCAGCAACAUUGCUAAUGUGGAAAAAUUCUGCGUGUCCACAAAAAUGAAUUCAUCUGCAACCAGCACUCACUCGAAGAAGGAAACGAGUUUGACGGAAACGCCUAAUUUAAAUGCAUGUAGUCGCACAACAUCGAAAUCUUCUUCAAAAUCCAAGUCGUCAAAUGAGUCUACAUCCUCAUCGCCAGACAUAACGUCCAGAGCUCCGCUCAACCAUACGAAUAGCUGUAGUGGCAACAAUAACAACGGAAUGAAUGGGACGAAAGAAGUACAGAAUAGCAAUACUGCAUCAUCAAGUGCUCCGAACAACGGGGCUAUUGCCAAUGCUGCAUCUGGGGGAACAACGGCUACAAUGUCGGAGACAAGUGAUGACUCCAGCCUUAACAGUGUUGAUCUUGACCCCAUGAUGAUCCACCUUGAUGGGGGAGCAGCUUACAUUGACAGCGACACCGGCCUCGAAUCCAUGUCCUCUGCGGAGGCAACUACUAAGGCCUGUUCCCUGUGCCUUGACGGCUCUCAAACUAUUAUGGGUUCAUCGCCUAGCAAUGAAACAAUAGUUCUGAUUGAAAACCUGAGACAAGAAGUUACACGCCUAAAGUGUGACAAAUUAGAUUUGUUGAGACAAAACGUGACCUGCCAGCGCGAUAUCAAGCGUCUAAGGGAGCGCGAACUUUCUCUGCAGGGAGAUCUUGCUGCUGCGGGCAAAGAAAUUCUUCGCUUAAGAGAUCUACUCAAGGAAUAUAUGCCGGAAAUGGCAGCGUCUCCACUCUCAAUUUCGCCGAUCUAAUAGUAAAUAAACACACAACGAACUGUUUUACAGUAGCAAUUAUGAAUUACGCUGAAACGAAGUUUGCAAAGCAAAUAACUAUUAGAAAAUCAAUAACCAAUUGUGCCGUGUUAAACACUUGCUAAACCCGUUAACCAAACACAAGGAAAUGCUAAGCAGCACAACGACGCCUCAUACAAACCUGUGAUUCUUUCUCGAAGAAGAAUCAACAUCUCCAUUCGGAUAGUGAAUUAGUUUUGCCGCUAUUCUGCUCCGGAGCCUGUCAUUAGCAGAGCAAUGCAUUUAUCAAAUGUUUUUUGUUUAUCGGUUGAUAUGGCCAAAAUAAGAGGACAGCGACUACACUUUUAAUUUAACAAUUCGUUUAAUUAGAUCUUUUUUUUUUUUUUUUUGUUAAAACAAUGCAUACAUUAACACAAAUAUUUACACCAAAAAGUAAAAUUAAGUAUACUGUAGAUAUAAAAGCCAGAGUGGAUAUGGAAAGCUGCUUAAUAUAAUUUUAUUCCAAAUAUGAACCUAAUCUCAAAGCGUGAGCCCAAAACCGGCUAACAGUAGUGAUCGAUUGGAAGCUUACAUAUGAUCGCAAUACUAAUCUAAAUUCGAUGUAUUUGCAGAUUAUAAAAACAUUAAAUAUUACAAGAUAUAAAAAUGAGCUUGUGUCAAGUAUAGUUAGUAGUAGAAGAUGAAUAGAAAAUAAAAAUAUGAUAAUUGUA